UUUUUUUUUUUUUUUUUUUUAAUUCAGUAUAGGAGUCAUUUUUUCUUUUCUUUUAUACACAUACAUACACACAUCACACACACACAUAUAUAUAUAAUACUUAAAUAUGCUUGAAGCCCGUCUCCAACAAGCCAAACUUCUUAAAUCACUUCUUGAAGCUGUCAGAGAACUUGUGUCUGAAUGUAACUUUGAAUGUAACGAUUCCGGCAUUGCUCUUCAAGCUAUGGAUAACUCACAUGUUGCUCUUGUCGCUAUGAUGUUAAGAUCAGAUGGUUUUGAUCCUUAUCGUUGUGAUCGUAAUUUGCCUUUGGGUAUUAAUCUUGCAAAUUUGGGAAAGAUCUUGAAAUGUGCUCGUAAUGAUGAUAUUUUAACCCUUAAAGCUGAUGAUGAUGGUGAUGUUUUAAGCUUAGUCUUUGAAAGCAAAGAGAGUGAUAAAAUUAGUGAAUAUGAUCUCAAGUUAAUGGACAUUGAUAGUGAACAUUUGGGUAUUCCUGAAACUUCUUAUGAAGCUGUUGUUACAAUGUCAUCUGCACGAUUCCAAGAAAUCUGUCGUGAUUUAGCUUCUCUUAGUGAAUCAGUUACUAUUGAAUGCACAAAGGAAGGUAUCAAGUUUUCUAGUGAUGGUGAAAUUGGUAAAGGUUCUGUUACCUUAAAGGCUAAUAGUGCCGUUGAUAAUGAAGAUGAUGCUACUGUUAUUGAACUUCAACAAAGUGUCUCAAUGACUUUCUCUAUUAAAUACCUCGUCAACUUUACAAAAGCUACAGCUCUUUCACCCCGCGUCACUUUGAAUUUAUCAGCAGAUGUUCCUCUUUUGGUUGAUUAUAAGCUUGAAAACUUGGGCUAUGUAAGAUAUUAUUUGGCUCCCAAGAUUGGUGAAGAAUAAAUAAAAUAGUAAUAUAAAAAGUACAAGCAUAUUUUUUUCUUUUUCUUU